CCCUGUGUCAACCUGCGUGCUUCUCUCGCCAAUACUAAUUGCCACGGUGCUGCCAAAGUUAUGGCUGCCAGACGCCAACGCCAUAAACACCGCCCAGAGAAACGCUACAAGCAGUGCUGUCGUUUGGUUAAUGGAAAAGAACACCAGUAUUCUCCAAGUCUGUCCCUUGUGGUUCUCUGGCCAGUGUACAGUGGACACGGGGCCUCUGCUCAAUUCACUGAGUGUUGGAGCUGUGCGCUCGUGGAUCCUUUGUGCGCAGUUCUCCGUUUUACUCCCAGUGGUGCUGCGCCUGAUCCAGAUCCAGUGGAGCAUGGACCUGGCUAUUGCAGACAGGCACCCGGUGUCGACAUCUAGCGACGGGGACGCAGACCACAAAUUGCUAAACCAGUUUAUGUUCGUUCUCAUCACGGUGUUCUGGAUCGUGGAAUCUUUGGAAGUCUGCCUCAUUCUUGACGCUGCAGCUUUUGGUAGGGAAUACAUAGAUAUUGUUCAAGGAUCUGCCAUCGCUGCCGAGGUUUAUAUUGUUCUGGCUAAUGCUAUACUGCACAAGGCGGUGGAUGCGUUUUGUAAGGAGACAGCCUAUUCGUCUCUGUUGCAGGCCAUUGUAGUAUACAUGGCGUCAUUUCUCGUUGAUCUGCCAAUCUUGAUCUGCCGCGUUAGACUGUUCUGGUUUGUUGAUACCACGGGAAGACUAGAAGGUUCCUUUUUCAUCUGGCUCAUCAAGGAUUUAGCCGUCAUUAUAUCUUGUCUCAUUAUUGGCUGCGUGAUACUCAUCAAGAGAGUGUGCAAAAAACGCUGCCCGUGCCAAAGUCACUGCAAAAUAGCCGAGCUGGACUGUUUCAGAGAGGCUUACCGAAGUAAAAUGCACGUAAAAGAAGCCUUCAAGAGCUCCCACUGGGUGAAAUUUCUUUGUGCUUUUUUCACCCUAUUUCUUGUCGGUGCGCUGAUAGGUGUGGCUUUAGUGAUAAACGCAUUUGCUCGCUAACACCAAUGACUUCUUAUUCUUCUUAUUCUAACUGAAUAUUUUUACAGUUCAACAUGUAACAGGAUUUUGACAUUUUUUACGUAUGUAUUGGUGCGAGCGUAUGUGAUGCGCUGGUUUGUAAACUAAUAUAAUGUAGCUGUAAUAUCCUUAUGUACAAUUUCAUAUUUUGCAUUUUCUUGUACGUAUAUUGCAAAUGAACGCUGCCAAACUUCAGAAUUUAACAUUUCUUAUACAUGUACCUGUAUAAUGGGGACACACUGUGCUUAAACACUUAAAAAGUAUUUUUGGAAGGAAAUGUCACUUAAUGGGACAUAAAAGCUACUUGAAUGUCACUUUUUGGUCCUUUGCAGUCAUUUUCUGCACAUUUUGUUCACUUCUAACGGGAUAUUGUCAUCACUGGUAUUUUACGCAUUCAAAUGCGCAUUGCAAGAGGCCCUGAACUAGACAUGAAAAAAGUCUUACGUUUCCAUAGACAGUAUAAACCUUUUUAUAUCAACAUGAACUUUUAAUGUGUGUGUGUCUUAUCAUCUUGGUGACACUUGUUUAAAAGGGCCGAGGUUUUCAUUUACGUGUGUUUAUUUA